AUGGAGAUGAUCUUCUUCGGGCCCUUCGCCGCGUGCGGCAGACGGUGGAGGUGCGCAAGAUUUCUACAGAUUCAUAUCGACUGUUGUACUCAUUCCGUACAGGAGAAAAACCGGUCGAUUAUCUUCAUCGGUCACAGUUUUGGCGGGCUGAUUGUAAAGCAGGCCUUGGUAAAUGCACGGGCUGAUGACUUUGGCGACCGAAAUAAUAUAUGUCAGCAAACCCGCGGUCUUAUAUUCCUAGGCACCCCUCAUAAAGGCGCGAAUCUCACUAUUGCCGGAAGGCUUCUCUCCCUCUUGGGCCACUGGAGGGGCUCAGAUACCAGCCUCCUUAGGGUAGUAGAGCGUGAUUCGAUCAUUAAUCAAGACCUACACAGUGAUUUUAUGAUCUUUCUAAGAGAAUACUGUGGGCUUACGAAUACGGUGUGCAUUUUUGAGGCUGUGAAGGAAUCGCUCUAUGGGUUUCCAAUUGUUCAGGUGAGUACACUUGGUUUCGACCGGGGACAUCGUGAUAUCCAACGAUUUACAUCUCCACAAGAUGAGAAUUACCAAGAUCUUCUUAUCUGGAUAAAAAAAUGGUUGGGAGAGGGGAAAGAAAUCACUGAAGAGAAAACGCAAACCGAGACCGUACAAAAUCAAAAUAAACCAGCGCCUCAACUUUCGUUUCCAGACCCUCCUCGGAUCGAGCCUAGCGGGCAAGAAGCUAGAUUGGGGGCCAUUCAGACCACAGACUUAAACGAUGACAGAGCGGAACCCGAGAGACCUCGUAAAGUAGCGGGUAAUGACCCUUAUCGAGUCGUGGAUGACAGCCGUUGGUCGACUGAAUGGCACGAUCAAGAAAGGACCAUCACUAUCGAGAACUCCUCUGGCUCUCAUAACAAGAUCUACAACAUUUAUUCCGCACCAAUUUCAGUCGACUUCCAAUCCCCACGUUCCGUCAUUUGGUACAAAUCAAUGCCAAUGCCGAAUAACUCUCGUAUAAAAAUCACGUACAGCCCGAGGCUCUAUGCGUUUGUCGGCUAUUCGUCUACCCCCAGUUCUCAGUUAAGUGACAAUACACAGAUCUCCAUAACAGAAUAUGUACCGGUAAACGUUGGGUCUUUUAUCGGAAAUGGCUCACAGUUGUUCAUUGAUCGCACCAUCAACAUCAAAAAGCUCGAUGGUAACGCCCCGCGUGGUGCAUUUGAUAUUGUUACACACGCUGGGAUACCAUGGCCAAACCGGUACGUUGUCGGCCUGGCUAUAAUGCGGGCUGAAGAAGUCGUUCCCACAGCUGUUGUUGCGGCGAGACCAGGGAUGGAGUAUCGUUUCAAACCAAACGAUACGAUCUGUGUCAAAGCCGGGAAAUUGGAUUGUGGAGCAUUGCAUUCUCCAGAUGACGAAUCGGGUCCGGUAGGAAAGAUAGAGAUUCAAGGUGCGCUGAGAGAUGCACAUGUUAUAGAGACGCCAGAUUGGAACUUUGACGUUCGAUAUACCUGA